AUGGCAGAGAUGUCAACGUGUAGUGCAGCAGCGGUGCAGGGCACGUACACAGUGCAGGGGGGGGAGACGUGUGGCGCCAACUUUGGCUUCAUCGGCCUCACCCAGGACCAGUUCCUCCUGCAGAACGAGGGAGUGGACUGUGAAGAUCUGGGGGCGGUGCUCAACAUCUCCAUCCCCUCCUCGGCUCAAGUGUGCCGCGUAUGCUACACUGUCACCCAGCCCCUCAGCUCCCCUGCCCACCCCCCUUCCCCCUCCCCUGUCCCCCAGGCGGAUGCGGCAGCACAGAGCUGUGAUCCCAUCAACAGCCGCUUCGGCAUAGACGUCAUGACCAUCAACCCCAACCUCGAUUGGACAACCCUGGUGCCCAACCAGCAGGUGAGGGGAGUGGGGAGUGACGGACGUAUCAUGGGCUUUAGGUGGGGGAGUGGUGUCAGGAGCAGCGGGCUACAACCCGUGCACGGAGUACCAGCCAGACACCCAGCAAACCACCUGCACCCCUCUCCUCUCACUGUCCUACGCUCUCUCUCGCCCUCACCUCAGAUCUGCAUUCAAGCUGGAGACGCGGUGUCAGGAGCAGCGGACUACAAUCUCUACACGGAGUAUCAGCCGGUCACGCAGUGGUUCACGUGUGCCAGCGCCGUCGCAAACUACGGCAUGACGUGGUUCGACCUCUACCGCCUCAACCCCGGCAUCAACUACGACUCUCUCAGCACGCUCACAGGCUCUGAGAUUUGCACGGCUGGCAUGCCGAUGGGAGCGGUGGCGUGCGGUAAGGCGCGGUCGAAGACGGUGGCGAGCCGGCGGUACACGGUGGGGGCGGGGGACAGCUGUGCGUCGCUGGUGGUGGUGCAGUUCCAGUGCCAGCCGCCGCUCGUGGGCGAACUCAACCGCGGCUGGAUGUGCCGCUCCCAGUCCCUCUUCGCCGGCAUGCCCCUCUGCGUCCCCUUUUAG